AGUUUUCUGGAUAGAGAGAAAGAACAGCACUUUCCGCGUUGAGCAUAUCUGUGGGGUCAGAAACUCUGUAAUCAUGAUGCACCCGUUGACAGCAUCGAUUGCUUCGGCACCUUCUUCGCUGCUGUCGGCACCGGAUGCCUUUUGGUUCUGCUGUUGACCCUAUCUUCCGAGCCACGGAACGACGAUGUUAGCGCCUGUGCUGGGUUCCCGGCCCUUUCAUACCCCUGCUGACGGCUCAUCUCAUUCGCUGAGUUUGUGCACUGGAAGGCACACCGGCUAGAUGGAGGGGUGGUGGGACUCAGCAUCGGGCUUUGUCGUGGUAUUGCAAUCGGGUUCCUUUGCUUUCUCUUCUUAUUAUGGUGCGUUCUCUAAUAUAACGGUGUUCCCCUAGGAUUAGCGCUGCAGAGGGGCUGCUGCGUAUGUGGUAUGUGUUGGUAUGUGUGUGCCCUCUCCGCGUAGUGCUUCUUUGCGAGACCUCCGUAACUCCAGCAGCAGCAACCGCAACAACGGCGUUGAAAGGACUGUGCCUAUGGUGCGUGAUUACCGUGUGCCUCCGGUCCCCGCAUGGAGUGGGCACACGAAGGGCGGUUACCUUGGAGCUCCGCCGCGCACGGUGGCGCUGUGUCCAGUGUGCCGACAAGGACAGGCACCGCAAACGCCUAUCUGCUGCCCUCGACUAUCGUCCGCCUCUCUCUCCCGCUCUUCCUUCUUCCUCCAUCGGCGACGACACACCAUCCGUUGAAAGUUGGCUCCGUUUGAUUGUACGGCCCGGUCUCUUUUUUCUUUCGUUCAGUUAACGUCUGUAUUUUUUUGCAGUUCACCUUCGUGGUGUCUUCGCGGGCUCCAUCGUUGCAGCGCCGCCACCACACAGAGUCUGCACGGGCCUGUAAGACCGGAAUACUCCUCACGGGACCUCCGUUGACUCCUUUGGACACUACUCCGAUUUUGAGCAGUGACAGCACAUCACCUCUUCGCGCCUUCGUAUUUGUCGCUUUGCCUGUUACGCAUAUCCAAGUCGUUAUUGUAUUCUUUGUCAUUUUUCUGGAACGUCCGAAUUCUGCAGCUCUUCUUUCCGCAUUCCUUACGUUUCGUUCUUUGCAUUCUUUGAGGUUUAGUUCUCUGUAACCGCUUCUGGCACGUUGGUCUGACGUACACCGUCGUAUUUUACUCCGUUUCAGGGAAAGGCGCCCCAAUACGCUGCCUGCUCUUCUUUUAGUGCUUUUGUCACUGUUUCGUUGUUUGCUCUCUGUGCGUUUGUGUGUGUGUGUGUGUUACGGCCUACGCGAUGCAUCGAGUGUCAGACAGCUCUGUCCAUCCCGCCGCUGUGGAGGGUGAUGGGGAGGUAAAGGGUGGGGUCACCCCCACGUCCAAUGACGUUCCGUUACCUCCGUCGGUACCCCGGGACGCUGGGAUCGGUCGUCUCGCCGAUGUCACCGCAUUUUGUGAGGAUGUUCAGAAGGAGGCGCAAUCGAAUCUUCCUGUACCACUGCAAACUCGUCAUACCGGACCACAACCAGUUGAAGCGCAGAGCUGCGAGUCUCCUGUACCCACAACCAACACCACCCACUCUGAAUACAGCUCAGCGAAGCGCCUUGCUGACAACGACGAUGCGGCAAUGGAGCUCGGUUCUUUUCCACAUCGCACUGACAGCAACGGUGUCAGUCCGCCGCUGCAUAAGUCAGGUUGUGCCAUGGGAGCAUCAGACACCACCACGGAGUCGGAUCUGGACCGCGAUGCGCUUCUGAUUCAUCCAAAGAAGGUGGACAACCUGCGUCGCUUCCGCAUUCUUUUCGUGGGUCUGCUGCUUCUCAUCUCCAGCUCCACGCAAGGCAUCCACUCCCUCUUCGGAACGCUCUACCUGCAGGUCGCCUACCGGUUCACGGUGCGGCAGAUGGCCGUCGUGUACCUGAGCGGCCAGGCCUUCGGCAUGUUCGUGUUCCCCUUCGGCAUGCUGUACGACUGGUUCGGCCCCCGCUUCGCCGUCGCUGCCGCCUCGAUCAUCGCCGCGCUGGGGCACCUGCUGUACGCGCUGAUGUUCGGCGGCCACAUCGAUGUCACGGUGCCGCACUGCGCCAUCUUCUACGGCCUCAUGUGCUGGGGAUGCUACGCGCUGAAUGUCGUUGUGCUGCCGUCCGUGCUGACCCACAUGCCGCGUGACCGUGGGCAGCCGACGGGUCUGCUGAUGACCUUCUCCGGCCUUGGCAGCUCCUUCUUCUCCUGCCUGUUCCGCGGCUUCUUCGAGAACAACUUCGAGAACGUGAUGUGGUUCAUGUUUGCUGUGGUGGUGGCUGUGGGUGUGGUGGGCACGUGGUACCUGGAGGACGCCCCCUACAUGGUGAACCGGUGGCAGCAGCGCAACAUCACGCCGCGUCAGCAGCUGCGCAAGUACCUCAUCCGCAACCGCUACAUGUCGCAGCUGGUGCCGGGUCGGCGGUAUUUAAUCAUGACGGUGAUCCUGAUUCUCCUGAACUUCUACGUGACGAUUCAGGCGGUGGUGGUCUCGUACCUUGCGGAUCAGAUGACGGACGGCAAGCGGCGUGGCAUCGCCAUAGGUGCGAUCGUAAUCCUUCUGUUGUGUCUCAUCCUGGUGGUACCAUUUGAGGAGGUGGACGGCCCCACGGAGCAGGAUAAGCAGGUGAUUGAGGCCGCCAAGGCGAAGGAGUGCGAGAUUCGUGAGAUGCACGCGCAACGCACCUGCCACGCGGGCCGUCACUCGCGGCAGGCGCAUGAGCCGACGAGCCGCACACGCGACGGUGAGAACGUAAAGCCCUCAGACAAUCCCUUCACCUCUAAAAGCGACUAUCACUCCGAUGAGGUACGGGUCGGUGCUAUGGAUGAUGAUGAGCGUGCAGCUGAGCAAAGCGGCAGCAACGCUGCUCCUCUCCGUACGUGCAGUGUAUCGGCGCCUUCCAUGUCGUUGAAGGAGGGCGCGGAGACCUGCCGCACCACCACCGUACCCGCCCCUCCACUGCCUCAUCACGAGUCCUCCGCGCUUUCUGCGCAGCAGCACCAUCACCGUCGGCGUAGCACAGGCGGUGGUGCGCUGACGGAGCACCUGGGUCUGCCGCUGUACAAACUCACCGUCCCGAACCGGUCUCUCAUCUCCGUUGAUCUGGACGAGGAUGAAGCGGGGGAGGAGAAGGGUGCGCAGCAGCUGGACAAAAACCGCAUCUCCCCCCUCAGCAGCGCACGGCGGCACUCCCCGAACGUACCGCGGCGUUCCUUGUCCCUCAGCGUCUCGAGGCGGUGUCCCCAUGCUGCCGCCGUCUCCGCAUCCGCCACCCCACAGCUCGAGGAGCUCGCCGAUGGCAAACAGACGCACGACACCUCCUACCUGUUGAACUUCGACGACCGUGGGAACCUGAUGCUGAGCUCCGCUACCGUACCGCACUGCCACGAGAUCGGCGGAGACGCGGCACACCGAGCGGCAGAACACACGGAAGAAGAGCGAACCGCCGACUUCUCGUUUGAGCAGCCGCGAGUUGAGGUGAUCACCCUGUGCGGUGAGGUCUUCGUCGCCCCGGUGUACCAGACCACCUUCUGGGAGAGCCUCACGUAUCUGGACACGUGGCUGAUCUUUUACGUGACGAUGUGUGUGUGGGGCGUGGGGCUUACGAUGGUGGGCAACUGGAACAUUUACAUCAUGCUGCUGGCACGCUACGGCGGGAUGCAGCAGAAGCACUACAUGCUCUUCGCUGCCAUGGCGGGUGUGUGCACCGCCGGCGGACGCGUGUUCCUCGGCGUGUACGAGAGCAUGCUACAGGUCAUCCGUGAGCGCACCGGUGCGGCUGUCGUCCCCACCCUUCUCUACCCCAUCACCUCGAUUGGACUGCUUGUCGGCGUCAUCUUCUGGAUCGCGCUGCCCGGUGACAAGGUGCUCGUCCUCGCGUAUUUGAUCGGCCCCGCCUUCUACGGUGUCAGCAGCAGUGUGACGCCCUACAUCCUUGGCACCAUCUUCGACCGCGAUCUGGGCAUGCACUACGGCUUCUGCUUUCUAGCGGGUGCGGUGGGCUUCGUGCUGUGCUACUGGUGCUCGUGGUACCUGACCUACAAGAACGAGACGAUGCUGACCCCACUGGGCGAGCUGUGCAUUGGCCAGCGCCGCUGCAUGAAUCGCGCCGUCGGCAUCUACGUGGCCCUCGUGUUCUCCUCCAUCUUCCCCGCGUACAUCCUGCACCGCCGAUACUCGAAGCUGGUGCGCGGAGAACUGACCCAGAAAGAAGUCAUCGUGCCGCACCUCAUGCGAAUGGUCCGCUGCUGUGGACUGUUUUGUCGCGAUGAAGUGGAGUCGGCUGUGAGCAGUGCUGUGAGUGACAGCGACGCGUGGAUCCCGACCUCCCAACGUCACUUCCACACGAUGGUAACCCAUUAG